GUUGUAUGGUAUUAGUCACUAGUACGUAACUCAGUUUAAUCACAGCCUGAGCUCAAACGUCUAGAGUUAACUUGAAGAAGCAAAGUGUAAAGCGAUGCUGGCGCAGACAUUUCUUCCGAGAAAUGUCCUUGUUUCGAGGUGUUUCUCAUCAGUUACUUCAAAGACUCUUAAAGUUGGAGAUAUUUUAAGAGAAGCAAGAGUGCACUCAAGUGAAGAUGUUAAGAGCUAUGCUGAGGUGAGCCAUGAUUGGAACCCACUUCAUUUCGAUCAAGAACUCGCCCGUAAAGCCGGAUUCGAUAAUCGCCUUGUCCAUGGAAUGCUUGUGUCUUCCAUGUUUCCCCGUAUUAUCUCUUCCCAUUUCCCUGGAGCAGUAUAUGUAUCUCAAAAUCUGCAUUUCAGAUCACCAGUUUAUAUAGGGGAUGAAAUUCUCGGUCUGGUACAAGCCACAGCAUUAAGAGAAACCAAGAAUAAGUACAUUGUCCGAUUCUCAACCAAAUGCAUCAAGAAUCACAAUGAACUUGUUGUUCUUGAUGGUGAAGCUACUGCAAUCUUACCAAGCCUCGAGUUGCUACAACCAAGUUAGAAAACAGAUCUUCCAAGGUCCGCAAGUUUCUUUGAACUUUUUUGUUUUUCUCAUUUCCAAUAUCCUUUUGAUAUUUUUCACAGUUGUUGAGGAUUCUUU